AUGAAGCUAUCGGCAGCUCUGUCCGCCGUCGCCUUCUCAUCGUGGGCUCUCGCGGCUCCGAUGUUGAUGGCUGGCGAAAGGUCACCUUCGAGAUUACAGUCGGCGCCCAGGAUUACCUUUCCGUCCAAGCCCGCGCAUCAGGUAUCUCUAGGAGAGCCGACGGAGCAUCAUUCAAUCUUGCAAGACGUAGAGGACAGUACAUCACUGCACUCACUGGGAGAAGUUCCGAUACCCAAAACUCUAGGAGCUUAUCGCAGGCUCGGUCUAUUCAACCUCCUCUCGCUGUCCCAUCGCCGCAGCACCAACUCGCCACUGUCAGACUCGACAAUCAUGCGAGAAGAGACCCGCGCCAACACCAUCGAGUCGGAAUCCGCGGCGACCAUUGUUGAGCUGGAGACCAAAGCGGCGAGCGAUUCUUACGCAUGGGUUCCUUGCCGCUCUCAAACUGGCGCUCUGCAUUACCACCUCGUGCGAAGAUAUGCCGAUGCCUUGGUGGUUUCGCUCGUGCUUGGCUUCAUUGCCGUCGUCCUCGUUAUCGAGUUAUGGUCGCCUGCCAGCCAGAAGAUCCGGCAAUAUUGGACUGGUCACGGGGCCAUCUACUUGGAAGGCGAGGGGAGGAAAACGAAUCAAUCCAGACAAGUCUGUGUGGGUCAUGUAUUCUCGGCACUCGAAAUUGCCUGCGAGGAGAAACCCAAGACCGAGGACAUUGAGGAUGAGAAGGGAGAGUCUUGA